AUGCCAGCCCAGCCCCCGACAACAUACCUUGGCGUCCAACGCGACGACAUCACCAUCACAACCCCGUCCACCACACCCCUUAUCAUCAGCCGCAUCCCCACCCCUACGAACCCGUCCAACCUAAUCCCCUGCUUCUCUCUAGACUCAGAGCCCCAACGAGGCCGUAAACGCCUCCGCGUAGAAGACAUCCUCCACACGGCUGCCACCACCACCAAGCCAUCAUCAUCACCCUCAAAAGCAACCAGACCCCGCACAGUAGGUAACCGAAAGUCGACCGACUCCUCCCUCGAAACCUUCCGCGGCCGCCCCCGCUACCGCUCUACCUCCUUCCCCGCCACGCCCUCCACGAACGCCUCGACACCGCUCUCCCGCGCCCUGUCGCUAUCCCUCUCCCGUCGGGGUACGCCGACCGAAUCCGGAAGCAGCGAACGCGGGCAGCACCAGCACCAGCCGCAGCCGCAGCCGCAGCCGCAGCCGGGGACGGUGCGGUUCUUGAGGGUUGUUCAGAUCGAGCGCGGGCGGGCAAGGGAAAGGGGAAGAAGGGGGAGUCCCACAGCAUCGCCUGUAUUAACAGCGGCAGCGGUAGCGGCAGUAUCGCCGCGGCGGGUGAUCAAAAGAAGGGAGAGGAGGCGGAGGAGUCAGAGUCCUUCGCGGUCGAGGUCGCCUGUGCCUGUUGGGUCUGCUGCGUUCGCGCUUGGCGAGAAAUUGCUCGCUGGCCUGGAGUGGAACGAGGGCGGACAGGGAAUGUGCAGACGGAGGAGGCAGCGGACGAGGACUCGGGGUCGGGAGCAUGGGGUCGGGCUUGGGGCUGGGAUGGUGGUGGGUGUGGAUGUUCGUGAUGAUGUCCAGGCUGGGUGCGGUAGCGGUGGGAAUGAGGGUGGGGGUGGGUCGGUUUCGUCGGCAGUUGACGGAGCGGCUGGGGAGUGA